GAACAUCCUCACCGACCUCAACCGAAACAAUCUUAUUUAAAGAUCCAGUCUUCAUCCACUCGCCAGAGAAAUUACUAAGGAUGGGAAACAGUCUAGGCGGCAAGAAAACGACCAAGAUCAUGAAAAUAGACGGCGAGACUUUUAAACUCAAAACUCCGGUGACGGCGGAGGAAGUUCUAGAAGACUUUCCCGGUCACGUUUUGUUAGACUCCGAAUCCGUUAAGCACUACGGUGCCCGAGCCAAACCACUUGAGGCGAAGCAGAGGUUAGAGGCGAAGCGGUUGUAUUUCGUGGUGGAGCCGGUGAAGGAGUGUCCACCACCAAGGAAGGUAAGAUCGGGAAUUCACAUGAAUGCCAAGGAGAGGCUUGAGCACCUCAUGCUUACUCGGAGAUCCUCUUCUGAUCUCUCCAUACUCAAACCCUCAGGAGGAUGGACGACGACGAAGGAGGAAGAGGAUGAAGGAGGAGCGGUGAAGGUGAAGCUGAGGAUUCCCAAGGCGGAGUUGGAAAGACUCGUUAAGGAAGGAGCCACGGAGUUGGAGGCCACCCAUAAGAUCGCCUCGCUCUUUAUGGCCAAACACAGCCACGAGGAAGCGAGUAAGAAUGCGCUCCGACUUGGUCAUGAUGAGCCAGCCGCCACUAUAGCCACCGACACAAGAGGAGUCAAAUCUCGUCUGAAACGAGUGAGUUUCAUGCCGGAAAGAGCAGGAAGCGAGAUCACUGUUGCUUGAAGUUGAACAAAUCUAUAUAUUCUAAACAUAACCGCUUCCCAACGUUUCUGCAUUUCUUUGUACAUAAAAAGCAGAGAGAGUUUUGAGAGAGAGCUAAUGAAUUAUCACUCUGUAGCUAAACCUUAUAUUAUAUUUUAGAAAAAUAAAAUAACGUUUUAUCUUUA